CCGCACCGGCCCAAUCCAGUUUAAUCUGAUCCACAUUUAUUACCCGUUUAAGGAUCCAAAAUCCAUUUUAACAUACGGAUUUUGGAAAACUAGGGAAAAAUGUAUCUGCUCCCGUGGCAUUAAUCAGUAUAAUUGUAGAGAGCGAGAUGGAUCACUAUGGUUCUUCUGGAGGAAGCUGGACAAUGAUCCCAACCCACAAUUCCCAAUCCCAAUCGAACCAGGACCCUAACCUCUUUCUGCAACAACAACAACAGUUUCUCCAGUCACAACCUUUUCAGCAAGCACUAGCGCCUCAAUCUCCAUUUCAACAGCAGCAGCAGCAGCGUCUUCUACAGCAACAGCAACAACAACAACAGCCGCAGAACCUUCACCAGUCACUGGCCUCUCACUACCAUCUCUUACACUUGGUGGAGAAUUUGGCUGAGGUUAUCGAACAUGGAACCCCGGAUCAGCAGUCAGAUGCAUUGAUCAAUGAAUCGAGCAACCACUUUGAGAAGUGCCUGCAGCUGCUAAACUCAAUCUCUGGCUCCAUUAGCACCAAGGCUAUGACAGUUGAGGGACAGAAGAAGAAGCUAGAGGAAAGUGAGCAAUUGCUAAAUCAGCGAAGAGACUUGAUUGGCAAUUACAGAAAAUCUGUGGAGGAUCUUGUUAGGUCUGAGCCAGUAGAGAAUGUUGUGCUAUAGAUAGAUCUCACGGUAGACAAGUGCUUUGAAUUUCUCCAUUCCCAGAACAUCUUGGGAUUAUUUAUGUAAAACUACCUUGGAGUAUGCCAUGAAUUUAUAAUUCAAUAGAUAUUCUGCAAGUUACUUAUCAUGUUUUGGCUCCUAUCAAGGUUUCUAUAUCCAUGAAACAAGUUCAAAGUAGGUUUAAAUCAAUGACACAUCUUUACUGUUAGCUUCUGUUGCCUGUAUUAGAGAGGCAGGGCAUUCAAUUAAGAGAAAACUCUGGCAAUUUGGAGAAAUGUAAAGUUACUGAUAGAUGAUGUAAAAAUGGUUGCCCCCCCUGCAUUGUAUUUGGGUCAUUUAUCUAUAAUGUUGGAUUACCAGCUGUGGAUUGAGUAUUUUCGUUGAUAUUGAAUGCAUAAUAAUGUCAUUCAUUACACUAA